AUCACUGCCCCCUAAAUGCACAUAUGGCAGCACUGCCAAGUAGCUGCACGGUCUUUUCGCUGUGGAGACACGCCAUCGCGACUUUCAAGUCCCGCGUGUUACCGCGGACGCCGACUCUGGACUAGCACCGACGCUAAAGUUCGAUCGGUGAAAGUUUCUGGAACCUGCAACAUGAACGAGUCCAUCCCCGUAAUGGACCCCCGUUGCACGGGGAAACCUCCGCUGGCCAUGGACAUCAUCCUCCAGUUGGACCUGUUUGGCAUCAUCUUGUACUCUGUCCUCACCUUCAUGGCAGCCACCUCCAUGCUCAUCUUCCUUGAAGAGUGUCUUUAUAUUUAUAAGAAAGUACCAGCCCAUAAGAAAAGUACCAUCAUAUGGGUGAACGGAGCAGCACCGGUGAUCGGCACCAUGUCCUGUCUUGGAAUGUGGAUCCCGCGAGCCACCAUGUUUACAGAUAUGACCUCGGCGUGCUACUUUGCCAUCGUGGUGUUCAAGUUCCUCAUCCUGAUGAUAGAGGAGGUGGGCGGCGAUGAGGCCUUCCUGCGGCGGGGGACGAAACACAAAUUGAGGAUCAGCACGGGGCCUUGCUGCUGCUGUUGUCCCUGCCUGCCGUACGCAGCCAUCACACGGCGGUCCCUUUUCCUGCUCAAACUUGGCUCCUUUCAGUUCGCUGUGCUCAAGGUUGUAUUCACCAUCCUCUCCAUCGUUCUGUGGACAAACGGGACAUUUGACCUGGCAGAUCUGAGCAUCACCGGAUCGGCAAUUUGGAUCAACCCCUUUGUGGGCAUCUUGACAAUCAUCGCCUUGUGGCCCGUGGCCAUCACGUUCAUGCACCUCAGGACCACCUUACGCACCAUAAAGAUUAUCCCCAAGUAUGCCAUGUACCAGCUCGUAUUGAUCCUGAGCCAGCUUCAGUCUGCCAUCAUCAAUAUUUUGGCUUUGAACGGAACAAUUGCCUGUGCACCGCCGUUCUCGUCCGCCGCCAGAGGAUACAUGAUGAGUCAGCAACUGUUGAUCCUGGAGAUGUUCAUCAUCACGCUGGUAACACGUCUGCUGUAUCGCCGUCUCUACGAUCCACUGCCCGAGGAGGAGUGUGACGACAACGAGAAUACCAAAAUGGUUACCUUGCAGAAAGCUGUAUGACUCGGUCGUGAAUGUGUGUUUAUGAUAUGUUCAAUUGACGGAACAAAAUCCUUCAUUGCACAAACUUUAUGGAGUGUAAUAACUUUUGCUGCCAAUUCGCUCGGGUUCUUAGCGUCGUAAAACCCUGGCAAGUUGCACAAGAGACAUUUAGCACACAAGCAAUGUAUUUAUACGAAAAAAUCUUAGUCUUUGAAGAGGGAAUGUAAAAUGUUUUGUAUUAUGAUGAGCAAACUAGCAAGUAAUCUCAACAUUUUUAAAAUAUCAGUUUACCUUGUUUGCCGUUGAUUAACCUUUGACAGUAUUUCACGUCAGUGUUGUCUUCAUAAAAUUGUACAGGAAACAGAUUUUAUUUCCAUUAUUGAUUGAUGAUAUUUUUUUGUAUUGUUGUUAUCAUGAUUAUCAUUAGAUUGAUGCUGCCACUCUUGUCAUGCACAAGACGACUACAGUUGACAUUCCAAAGACCAGUAGUAUUUUGUGUAUAUGUAAUGUCUUUCCACUAGGUGGCAGUAAAAUGCUAAAUUUCAUGUUUGAUCUUGAAGAGCUUUCAUAAUAAUAAUAAAAAUGUUGAGUGGGGAAAAAA